CUCUCUCGCUCUCUCGAUCUCUCUUUAUAUCUCCACUCGCUCUCUAUUUCUCUCUUACUCUCCCAGCCAUACUAUCCGACCGCACAAGCACGCGACAAUACGCGGCGCGUGACACACUGAGAGCCAACGAGGAAGUUGUCGUCGCCGUGACACAUUCACCCCAAGAUGGCCGGCGGCUGUACGACAGUUCAUUGAACGCGACACCAGCAAGACACAGGUCGCUGUCCCACCACUUGCAAGAGACAACGAGUGUGUGUGUGUGUGUGUGUGUGUGUGUGUGUCGGUGCACACCCGUGUGUUUUUAGACGUGUAUUCACCUCUCCUUACGUGCACGUGUACGUCGAUAGCCUUCAGUUGUGGUUUAGUCGUCACGAGACGUUGGUGAGAUUCGAUCACUAGCGCGGAGAAGGAGCGAGGAAGCGGAGAAUGAUGCUAUCCGGCGUGCUGCGACACCUAACAUGCGGUCCAUGCGCGGGCCAACGCCGAUUCCUUGUCGGUCUGGCGCAGACAGGACCGGCGAGGUGGACCGGGGUGAUUUGCAGCCAGCAGGCUAAGUUCUGCUCAAGCAGCGCUGACGGACAUAAGAACAAGAAUGUGACCGGACGCCGCGAGGUUUGGUUCUGGUUCUGGGGCAUCAACUCCCAUUGGCCCGGCAUGGCGCGUGACAUGCUCAAGUUUCCGGCCUUCUGCAACUCGAUUGCGAAGUCGUCGGAGAUCGUGAGCGAUCUGGCUGGAAUUAAUCUACUGCGGCUGGUCACGAGCAUGGAGAAGAAGAAAGUAGAUCCGGCUAUGGAUUGCGUCUACACAAAUGUGUCGAUCGUUGGCAUGCAA